GGCUCCGCCCUGCCUAGCCCCGCCCCCAACCCCUUGGUCUCCCGAGGCCCCGACAUCUGAAUAGGCCGAAGAUGGCGGCGGUGGCGGCUGCGUCCGCCCGCGAAACUAAGUUGAGUGAGAAAAUGGUGACUUCGGACCACGAGAAUGUAAAAACCAAGAGACAGGAGGAAGGUGUUAAGGAGAACGCGGUGAGCGAAAGCGAGCUGCCGGCGCCGAUGCCACCAACGCCGAGCACGGAGGGGAAGUGUGAUGCAAGCAUGGAGGGGAAGGGCGACGCGGCGCGAGCGCUGGCGCUGGAGAGGAGGAAUCACGCCCAGUCGAGGGACACCGGCGGAGGCAUGGCCGGUGAUGGCCUUGUCCGGGGCGCGGGCUCGGAGGCUCCGCAGGAGAAGCAGAAACGGGCGAGCAGGGGCCCGGCACCCCCCAUGCACGACGACCCGUCGCUCCCGGCGGGCUGGCUCCGCAAGCUCAAGCAGAGGAAAUCUGGGAGGUCUGCGGGGAAAUACGACGUCUACAUAUUCAGCCCGGAGGGAAAGCAGUUCCGAUCGCAUGCCGAGCUCCGGGUCUACUUCGGUAAGGUAGGGGAGGGGAUCCUGAAACCCGAAGACUUUGACUUCACGGUGGGAGGACGAGGCAGGUCCGACGGGAGAGGCAACCGCUAUCCACGCAUGCCCAGAUCGCCGAAGGCCACAGGGCCAACAAGAGGGCAGGGUAGGGGCAGAGGAAGGGGCCGGGGCAAGGUGACUGGAGGCUUGGGACGGGGUAGAGGCUUGCCAGGCAGACCACCCAGCCAGCCAGCCAUCGACCCUCUGGCGCAGGGACACACCGGAGUUGGGAGCGUUCCACCCCCGAGCGCUGCCGUGCUCGCCGCAGGAGAGCUCAUGCUGGCGAAGAGGAAGCGCGGUCGCAAACCCAAACUGGGCGCGGAGGCUUUUCCGCCCCCUCGGCCACCUCCGAAGAAGGCCAAGUUUGAGCUGCCCGUCUCCGAGGAAAAGAAAACAGUGGAGGUCGCGAAUCUCUCAGCGGGUUUGCCGGUUAUAAAAGAAGUGCCCACCGUCAUCAAAUACACGGCGCCUCAGUCGGCAACUGUGGGAAGCGCCGCAGAAGUGAGGCCUCAGAUCGGUGAACCUGAGGACAGGCAACCGAAGGUCAACUUUAAGUUUUACAAGCAGCGGUCUAAGAGCAACUCUGUGGACAAGCCCAAGAAACGAGAAGAGCCCAAACCGAAGAUAGUUUUUGUCUCCUCUAAUGCACCGGUCCGGUCGGAGGCGCCCGUCAGGAAGCCCGCGGAUGGAAACAAGCUCAAGGAACAACCAUCCGAAUCGGCGGUGGCCGUUCCCGACAGCAGCUCCUCGCCCUCGCAGUUGGACCAAGGACGAUCGGCAGAGACCAGAAGUGCGUAACGCGACGUGAGAGAACCCACACAUUUAUUAAUCAUAACUUGAGAACUGUAACCUUUAAAAGGGACCUGCUGCUAAGAUUGCCUAUCCCAGAAUGUGCUGCCCGGUUGUUUCUUCCUGUAUGAGAACACAUAUCCGAUAAUAGAGCUCUCCACGCACACGCUUCCACGAACAAUAGACUCUUGUCUUCUCCCGCAAUACCGUCUAUUAUUGUGGUCUUUGCAUUUAGUAGUGAGAAAAGGGCAUAGACACAUCUGUUACUAAGUUACGUGCCAGUGUGCCACUCUCUUCCAUAUAACUAGUGCUCAGUGGCAAAAUCAGUAACCGGCAAUGUUUAUCCGUCAGCCUAUGUACACAGCCCGUCUAAGACAGUCGUGUGACACGUUGCUUUGUAGGAGGUUACCGUGUACUCUGCAUAUUUUACAGUUCAGUGUUUCAGUGUAUAAGUACCGUUACGUCUAUGGGAGCUACGCAAAGCUUUGCAGUCUGCAAUGGUGACAUGUGUAGUGCUCAUUAUUUACAAGCAAAACCUGUUGCAAUAUUUCAUUGCUCAGUGUAGGACGCUGUGCACCCUUGAGGCCUUUCUGUGGUGUGGUUUUUUCGUACUGUAUUUAUUUGCUAUAGUUUUGAACUGACCAGUCGAGAAACUUACGCGAAGUAUUUUAUAAGACUAAUCACAUGUGCAAUGGAAAAUAAGAAUGUAGUUUUUUUGCUCUUUUUAUGCUGCACUGUUUAUGAACAAAUGGAUGUUAUUGUUACACUUGCUAGCAUUCAGCAUUAAGUUUUGUGGUGUCCGUUUAGUAACAUUUGUGUAUUGUGAUAUCUAUUAUAUUUUAGAGCAAUACAAGAGAUAUCGGCACAUGUUAAUCUAAAAUAACAAAUCAUUUAAUGUUUUCAUGCCAAAAAAAAUUAAUCCAAUUAAAAACAUCGAAUGCUAGCAAGUCUAAAGCUGUAUUUGAUGCAUUUGAAAAAUGUUUGGAAGGAAGCACUGAAAUGUAAUAUAGAGUAUGUUAUAGGCUAUUUCGUGUUUUGCAGUGUCCAGUUUUUCUAUACUGAAUUUAUGUGGCUUUAUUGUACAGUAUCUAAACUGAGUUAAUCUUGAGAGCUUGCUGGAUAUUGUAGCAUUGUAUGUAAAUAAACGUACGAAGUUUGA